AUGGGUCAAGACCAUGAAAUGUUGGACUCAAAGGGGAUUGCUCAGUACAUAUUCACAAUGGUCAAAGCAGAUCCAACCAUCAGCAUAAGGGUUCUGCAAGGAAGUGUAAAGAAUCAUUUUGGUUACAAGGCGUCGUACAGAAAAGUUUGGUGUACUUACCUGGCGUUUUCUCCAUGUAUUGAGGCUUUCAAGCACUGUAAACCACUUAUUUCCAUUGAUGGCACCCACGUGUAUGGUAAAUACGGAGGUACUUUGCUCAUGGCUAUUGCUCAAGAUGGCAAUUCAAACAUAUUACCUAUUGCAUUUGCCAAAGUCGAGGGUGAGACAAAUGAGGCUUGGUCAUUUUUUCUUUCUUAUCUGAGGCAGUAUGUGACACCCCAACCAAGCCUCUUGGAGUUUUGUGCAAGACAUAUUGCUGCCAACUUCAUGACACACUUCAAGAACAAGGACUUGAAGAAGGUGCUUGUUAAUGCAACAUAUUCGAAGUCACAUAGGGAGUUUGCUCAUUAUUUUGGUCGUCCGAGGGGUGAGAAUGUCACAAUCACAAACUGGCUUGAAGAAAUGCCACAUUCACAAUGGACGCAAUAUGCAGAUGAGGGUCGUCAUUUUGGGCACAUGACGACAAACAUCUCUGAGUGCAUCAACAUUGUGAUGAAGGCUACUCGCAAUUUUUCCAUCACCAGUCUUGUCAAGUCGACCUAUUUCAGUUUGAGUAAACUUUUUGCGAGGAAGGGUUCAGAGGCCCAGGCAUAG